AUGGCUGCUGCUUUGAAGAAAGAUCGUGAAGCAGAGGGGAGAGAACUGGUAAAAAUACUUUUAGCUGCUAGAGCAGAUCCAACUGCUCAAGAUGCCCAGCAUUUUCGAACAGCUUUGCAUACUACUGCUAUGAUCAAUGAUCUUGAGUUGGUCAAGAUCAUUCUCGACUUUGGAGUUGAUGUAAACAUCAGGAAUGUGCACAAUACCAUACCUCUUCAUGUGGCACUGAAUAGAGGUGCAAAAUCAUGUGUUGGGUUGCUUCUAUCUGCUGGGGCAAAUUGCAACUUGCAGGACGAUGAAGGAGACAAUGCUUUCCAUAUUGCAGCUUUUUCAGCAAAUAUGAUACGCGAAAAUCUUGAGUGGAUUAGCAUCAUGCUUAGGCAUCCUGAUAAUGCAGUUGAAGCUAGAAAUCACAGGUCAGAGUGUGAUAUCCGACCAGUGAGCCAACAUAAUGAGCUUGAGGUCAAGUUUUUUCUGGAGAGAGCAGCAAUUUAA